AUGGAUUCAUAUGAUACAGAAUCAAAUAAAAGUAUAAAUAGAUCACACCACGAUGAAGAAAGAACAUCUCUGAUCAAUGGUGGUGUCGACCCAGAGAAGAACAAACCAUUUAGAGAUAGAAAUUUAUACAAUAUCAUUAUACUCGGCUUAUCUUUUUGUGUAGUAUUCACAGCCUUUUCACCGACACAAAACUUGGAAACCACAUUAAACGCAGAUGUUGGUUUUAUUUCCUUGGCAUUACUUUAUGCUAGUCUUUCGUUAUCCAACUUUGUAUCACCAAUCAUUGUAACCAAACUAGGUGAGAAAUGGGCAUUGAUUGCUGGCAUGCUCACCUAUGCCACUUAUAUCGCUGCCAAUAUUGCUGUCACUCCAUUAACACUCUAUCUUGCUUCGGCAUUCCUUGGGUUUGGUGGUGCUAUUCUUUGGACUGCUGAAAGUGCAUUCGUCAUUAGAUGUUCAACUGAAGCUACUUUUGGUUUACAUACUGGUCUUUUCUUUGCAUUAUUCCAAUCUAAUCAAAUUAUUGGUAACUUGGGUAUGAGUGGACUUUUAAAUUCUGGUGCAUCCGAUAGAACCUUAUUUAUUAUUCUCACAAUUGUUUGUGGUUCAUCUAUAUUAUUUUUCCUUGCUAUUGGAAACCCAUCAAAUGAAAGUGAAAAAGAAAAAGAAGAAAAGAAGGAACCAGUACCAUUUAUGCAAAAUCUAUUGGCAACAGUUUCAAUCUUGAAAGAGUUGCCUAUUCAAUUGUUGAUUAUUGCCUUGUUGUACAGUGGUAUCAGUCAAUCCUAUUUCUUUGGUGUCUUCCCACAACUGUUGGGCAAAGAAUGGUUAGGUUACAUUAUGGCAGUGUUUGGAGUGUUUGAUGCUGGAGGUUCGGUCGUUUUCGGUCGUUUGUCUGACAAGGUCGGUAGAAAGCCAAUCAUUAUAUUUGCUAGUAUUUGUACUAUUGGUGGCUCCAUCUUUGCCUAUUUAAUCGAACAUAAUAUCAGUGGUAACAAGGUACCAUACUAUUUUAUCUGUGCUGGUUUACUCGGCCUGUCCGAUGCAGGUUACAACACCCAACUCUACGCUCUUCUCGGUGAGAUCUAUCCUUCAGGUAGCAAGACCACCGCUGCAGCUGCCGCCUUCAAGUUUGUCCAAUCUAUCGCGUCGGCAGUUGCCUUUUUCUAUGGCAAGUAUGCCGUCCUCUACGAACACACCCUUAUCAUCAAUUCACUCGUCAUUCCAUCCUGUAUUCUUUUCAUCAUCGUCGAAUACAAGUUUGGUAAUAAGAACAAAUCUAAAAUUGAUCAAAUUGAAUAA